GACGUUUUGGAAAGAACGCAAUUUUUGUAUUUCUUUCCCCUUGCAAAAUUUUGUUUACGGCAUAAAAAUUGUAAAAUAAGCAGCUAAUCGCGUUGAUAUUCGCUUAAAAAGCAAAUUAUCUUAUAGUUAACACUCUUAUCACCGACAACACAUAAAAGAGCCCGCAUCAUGACGGCCAUCAACAGUUUGCAGAACUUUGUGACCAGCGCGCUGGACUGCACCCGGUUCCGGUUGAUCCGGGAGGACGCCGACUUUGAGGAGGAGGCGGCCGCGUUCCAUCCGGAGAUGGCGCACCAGAUCUUCGGCGAGCAGGAGAACAUCUUCGGCUACCGGGACCUGCAGAUCGACGUGUGCUUCGCGGCGGGCCCGCUGGACAUUUACUUCAACAUCAAGUACUCGAAGAAGGUUGACGACGUCAACACCGAGGGCAUCAAGGCGGACGACGUGGAAAAAUCGCUCGCCGCGCUCGUCGAGGAUGGCUGCUACUACACCAACCUGGACGAGUACAAAAAGGUCAUCAAAGCGCGGUCAGCGGCGUUCAAACCAUUCGGCACCAAGGUGGACGAGUUCGAGGUCAACCCGGGUGCGUCGGCACGCACCUUCGAGGUGUACGUGAGCGACAUCACCGACCAGGAGUUCCUCAAGUUCCACUCGCGGCUGGAGUCGUUCUCGUUCUGGUUCAUCGACGCCUUCAGCCGGGUCGAGCACGAUCCGCUCUGGCUGUUCUUCAUCGUGUACGAAAAGUACUCCAAUAACAACAACGAGGUCCGGUACGCCACCGCAGGUUACUUCACCGUUUACCAGUACUACUCGUACCCGGAGUUUAUCCGGCCGCGCAUCAGCCAGAUUCUGGUGCUGCCACCGUUCCAGAAGCUCGGAAUCGCCUCCCGGUUGAUCGAACAUACGACCUACAACUACUUCGUCACGAAGAAGAACGUCGCGGACAUCACCUACGAGGAGCCCACCGACAUCGUCCAGCACAUCCGCUCCGUCGUGGACGCCAAACGGUGCAUGGCGCUGCCCGCGUUCGCCAAGGCCAACCUGCUGGCCGGCUUCAGCAAGGACAUGCUCGCGGAGGCGAAGGAAAAGUUCAAAAUCAACCCCAAACAGUGCCGCGUCAUCUACGAGAUUCUGCGCCUCGCCGUCACCGACACCAAGAACGACGCCGAGUACCGCAACUACCGGCUCGAGGUGAAGAAGCGGCUCAACCUGAACUACAGCAAGCACCGGCGCGAGCUGCUGCGGCUGCAGAAGCGCGGCGUCGACGUGGACGGGGCGUUCAGCAUCCUGCCCAGCCUGGAGGACCGGAUCAGCCAGCUGAACGCGGAGUACAAGCAGGAGGUGGAAUCCGUCUACUAUCAGGUGCUGAAAAAGCUGCAGCUGGUUCGCGAUUAAAAUGCCAUCACAUCGAUCUUCUUAUUUUCUAUCCAUUAUUAUUUUAACCUUCCUUCAAGGAGGACUUUUCCCUCUUAUGCGCUUAUGUUAAGUUGUCCUGUUUAUUUCUCAUGUUUCAUUAAUGUUAGGAAUCUUACAAUCGAUAUUAAAGAAAGAAAGUAAAAUACACGUUCUAGUUAAGUCA